AUCCUGAGCCCGUGCCCGCUCCCCUGCUGGGAGAGGUGCACCGGGCAGCUGGGCAGGGCCAAGGUGUCCCUCCAGGACCCCAGCGGGCGUUCGCUCUGGGAGGGCGCGAAUCCCCAGCAGCUGGCAGCACCGCCCCCGCUGGCCCGCGCCACGCUCCGCCCUGGCCGCCGCUCGUCCGGGCGCGGGGGUGCGGGGAGGCGGGAGGGGGCCCGGUUCAGCCUGAUUUACGGCUCUGCUGAAAACCGCUUCGCUCCCGCAGCAGCAGCACCGGCCGCCGCCGCAGCAGCAGCAGCAUUAGCCGCAGCAGCAGCAGCAGCGGCAGCAGCAGUGGCUGCAGCAACAAGUCGGGACUCUCAGAGUAAUGCAACAGAAGGCUUUUGAGGAAAGCAGAUAUCCCUGGCAGGAAUCCUUGGAGAAUGUUGCUGUGUGCCUACCAUUCCGCUGCCCAAGGUGUGGAGACCAUACCAGAUUUCGAAGCCUGUCAUCGUUGAGGGCCCACCUAGAAUUCAGUCACAGCUACCAGGAAAGAACACUCUUGACAAAAUGCAGCCUCUUUCCAUCCCUCAAAGACACAGACCUCGUCACUUGUUCAGAACCCCUGAAACAAGGAAAAUUACAAUGCAGUGGCAAUGUGGUGAAGCAGAAACCCAGCUAUGUUAACUUGUAUAGUUUUGCACACGAGCAGUCCCAGGACAGGAAGCCUUUCGAGGUGGUGGCAGAGAGACCUGUGUCCUAUGUGCAGACCUAUACUGCAGUGGACCUGCGUGCAGACUCGCUGGAUGGACUGCAGUCAAGUCCUGGACUUCCCACCUCAGACACCAAAGCUUCUUUCGAGGCCCACAUCAGAGAAAAAUUUAAUCGGAUGGUGGAAGCUGUAGACCGGACCAUUGAGAAGAGAAUCGAUAAGCUCACCAAAGAGUUAGCCCAGAAAACUGCUGAACUGUUGGAAGUCAGGGCCGCUUUUGUACAGCUGACUCAGAAAAAGCAGGAAGUUCAAAGAAGGGAGAGAGCCCUGAACAGACAGGUGGACGUAGCUGUGGAAAUGAUUGCUGUGCUCAGGCAACGCCUGACGGAAUCCGAGGAGGAGCUUCUCAGGAAAGAAGAAGAAGUUGUGAGUUUCAACCAUUUCCUGGAAGCAGCUGCUGAGAAGGAAGUUCAAGGGAAAGCUCGUCUGCAGGAUUUCAUUGAGAAUCUGUUGCAGCGGGUGGAGUUGGCAGAAAAGCAGUUAGAGUUCUACCAGAGCCAGCAAGCCUCGGGCCUAUGCCGUGACAUCAGUGAGCAUGUGCUUACAGAUAUCUCUUCAAAUAGGAAACCCAAAUGCUUAAACCGAGGACAUCCACAUUCUGGAUGUAAUCACCUGGAUCUCAAGACCCAUUUUCAUCCAAAAGGAAGGAGCUACCUGAAAAAAGCCAAGGAUGACAGAGCCAGCAUGCAGCCUGCUAAGUCCAUUCACGAGCAGCCAGAGUCCCCAAGAGAACUCUGUAGACCACCAAAGAAAGGGGAGCCUCUGGGGUUCAGCCGGAAAGGCAAUAUCAGACCCAAAAUGGCCAAGAAAAAGCCAGCUGCAAUUGUGCACAUCAUUUGAUAGGCUCUUUCUAUUGCUGUGGACGAGAAGCUAACUCACCAUCAGCACCGCUGUUCGUUCAGGGGCACACAGCUGAAGGCCAGUGGAGUGCACAUUGUGAACCAUCUUGAGGACGUGGAAAUGUUUGAACCUCGGUUCUCUCCCAAGACUGCUUCCCUGGUGGUGUUGUCAGCAGCCUCUCUGUUCCGUGCAGCAUGACUUUCUCCCUACUGACCCAGCUGUUCCACUCACUGCCCUUUCUGUGGCUCUGUCACGAGUACAGUAUGCAUUCUUACCUUUCAACCAAGCUGCUGUGGAGUUCACUGCCCACUGCUUUCUAAAGUAGCUUCUGAAAUACACGCACAUGUGGGAUCCAGAAUCCGAGCCUGUCCUUUGCUUCCCUCCCUAAAAUGACCUUUGUUUCCACAAAAACCAUAUGUGAAGAAUCUUCUGCUUUAUGGUUUUCUUCAUGAAUGAAUUUCUGUGCUACUCUUUGUUGCUGUUGUUUUUUAAAUUUGGCAAUUUUGGCAGAUUUGUAGUUUUCAAGUGCUGACACCCUUCUGGAAACAAGAACAAUGAAGUCCACAAAUAUAUACAUAUAUACAUAUAUAACAUAUAAAAUAUAUGUCAAGUAUAUUAAUAAUUUAUUUUUAAAUACUCCAAAAUGUGUAUGUUUGUGGUGGGUGGGUUUUAAAUGCUAUGUGUUAGUUCAUGUAAAUUGAAAUCUCCUGUUUUAAAAAUUAAAACUGCAACCUAAUUAAAAUUAAUAGAAUUAUAAUUGUUACUGCAAUAAGCAUCAGCUUAGUAGUUAAUUAAAAAUAGGCAGUAAAGCAAUUACUUAAAAUGCCAGUAAACUUAAAAGUUCACUUAUUGUUAUACAAACAUUUGAACCUAUUACAGUGGCCAUGUUGAUUUUUGAAACUUCACUCUUGACUUUUGGCUCAUGGGUAGGUCAUACAUGGUGGUGUUUAGGUAACUAUCAAAUGGAAAAACGUUGCUGUGAAUAUCACUGUUUAGGCUAACGUUGUAAAAUUGUAAUAAUUAUUAUUUGUGGAAUUAACCUCCUCCAAAGUUAUUUAUUAUUGAUAUUUAAAACAUGAUUGCACUUUAGCUUUUUAAAUACUAAAAAAUUGACUGUAUUGCAUGCUUUUGUCUUGUAAUGUGUGUGUGCAAAGAUGAAAACUUGAUUUGAAAACUGGUAUAGCCAGGGUUUAUUUUCAUUUUAUUUAAUGUAACCUACACUUUCAAUUUUUAUCUAAUAUGCCUAGAGAGCUUACUUCCUCUCACUGACAGUGGUACCCAGUAACCUUCAGAAAGCGGCAUAAAGUCAUCACUCUUAUCUACAUUACACAAGACAAGUUAUCUUUAAGAUUUAUUGUACUAAAAACAAUGCUUUAAGUUUCGACUAAAUUCAUACCUUCACACAAGGAAGUAUAUUUUGUAUGUUGUACUUCCUUAGAGAUAGAGGUCUGCUGUUGAAACAUGGGGGCUGGCUCACUCCAUGGAAUACUCCAUUUACUUGCCGUGGCCUAAGCUGUGUGCCAUGUUCCACGGGUUUUUUGCUUUGUUUUGUUUUGGGGGGGUCAUGCCCAGCAGCGCUUAGGGCUUAUUCCUGGCUCUGCACUCAGGGAUCACUCCUGGCAGGCUCGGGGGACCAUAUGGGAUGCUGGGGAUCAAACCCGGGUAGGCCAUGUGCAAGGCAAGUGUCCUACCCACCAUACUAAGCUCCAGCCCCUUGGGUCUUAUUUUUAAAUAUUUCCUUUGUCCCUGUGGACAGUCAACCUUAAAAGUUUUAGUUUUUUUUUUUUUUUCAAUAAAUCACUAACGUUUCUCAGAAAACAUGUUCAGGGUUAAACUGAAGAACGGAUCUAAUUUUAUCUUUUUGUUUUGUAAGGAAGAGAUCUUUAUUUGAACUGUUCUUUCUCUUUUCCUCCAAAUAGGUUACAGAUUCUUAACUGUGAAGUUCAGAUUGUUUAGACACUGGCUUCCAGUAUUAUGCAGGGUCAGUUAAUGUAUAGAAGUUGGAAUAUUGUUCCCAGAAUUUUAAAAGGUUUUUAGAUUAUAAAAUAUUAUAACAAUAAAACUAUAUUUCUGACUAA